AUGUCAGCAACGAUGAAUGACACCCAGAGCUCUUCCACGAACUCGCCCUGCUGGAAGAUAUUGGUGAGCUUGGCGACUCCCCCUCAAGCAGCCCAACUUAUCUUCGAUGCCGUCACCGACGCAGGGCUAGAUCGCAUAGAGUUCUUGGCGAAGAUCAGCGACGACAACUGGAGGAAUUUACUGAGACCUCACGGAGAAGACGGACGUGGAGCCCCAACUGAUAGCAUCGUUGACGUUAGCGACUCUCGUGUCUCUCCUACUGGCCCGAGCGGCACUCGAAGUGGUGGCGUUGUCGACCAGGGUGGCACGAACGGCGCCGCCGACGGCACUUCUAAGGACACCGGGAUCGGGAGCGCCGCCUCCAGUGCCCCAGGUGGUGGCAGUGAGUCCGAGCAGGCCACUAACUCGCAGUUAAGGGUGGACAUGGCCCCUAUCCCUGCUUCGCAUAGGAGCACAUCUCUGAUGGUCGCCACCUGCUGUGCAUGCGCAGUAUCCGCUGAGGCCCAGCGCCUCCUUGAUGCAGGCCACAAAGCACUCGAGCGCGAAGAGGGCAAAGCCACCGUUGCCAGGCUCGUGGCCCAGAUCACUCCAUCAAACGGCCCGAUACCCCCUUACCUGAUCCCUGACGAGAAGGUGAUGCGACUGUUGUCCAAGUCUAGCAGCUCCUACAUCGACUUCAAGAUGCUCACUCAGAGUGGGUCUGAGGGAAACGCGCGGAAGCGCUUGCGAACGACAACAUCCGGCCAGGUGGUGGAAGUGUACGACGAUCCGGGGGAGAGGCAUCAAAGAGACUAUUGGAGUGCUCAACAAUUCGGUCGACGUGAAGAAGAGGGAGCUUUUAAUAAGUGGCCAGCACAGUUCGCUCGCUACAUCCUUGCCGUCUCCCUGGUCGACCCUGAAGCACGAGACCACGUCUUCACCUUCUUGGGCUAUCAAUGCGAGAUCUCUCGCAUCGCCAUCACAUCUCCCUAUCGCGCGGUGGAAGCGGACCGAGCCUUCCGUUUAACAGUGCCAGGGAUCGCUGCUACCAAUGUCCCAAUUUGGAGGUGCUACUCGGAGGAGUUCACAGCUCCCUUUCUCUCUCGCUUCCUGUCGGAAGUUGCUAAUCGACAUAGGGCCACGGGAGGUUCAGUCCGACCUCAAAAAGGAAAGGGCAAAGGCAAGGCCAAAGGUGGUUAUAGAUAUCCAAAUUCCACUAACACACAGGGAUCAAGCAGCUCGUCUGUCAGCCGACCAUCGAGGACCAACUAG